UCUACAGCACAGAGAUCCAGCCAUGGUACCUACAAUCACUUCAACUAUGAUCUACUCUAAGGAGCACCUGACUCUGACAAACAAGCUAAGAAAGCCAGGGGUGGAGAAGUUUCGCAGAGAUCGUAUCAACAACAGCAUUGAGCAGCUCAAGUCUCUCCUGGUUCCAGAGAUCCUCAACCAGCAGUCCGACUCCAAGCUGGACAAAGCCGACAUCCUGGAGAUGACAGUUUGCUUCCUGAGACGACAGCAACAGAACGAGCUGGUGAGUUCCUGCUCAGCACCUGUCAAUCGGGGUUACUCCAGGUGUGUCCAAGUGAAUGUUCACUUCCUGUCUAAUGAUGAGCUGAAGACACAGUCCCAGAGAAGACUGCUGAGCCACUCCCAGAGCCUGCAGCCAUCAUCUGAUAAGAACAGGAGUGAGAUUGACGGUCCUCAGCUGAGCUCCCCAGCCCAGCACAGCAUCAGCAAAGAGAAGAGUCCAGUCAGCAUCGCCCCCUGGAGGCCCUGGUAGAGACCCACAGAUUGGAGCUCCACUCAGACAAACACAAUGGAUGGACCAUGUUGGUCUAAGAUUAAUUUCAUGGACAGUAAUGAGUAUAAGAAAAUAUCUUCUUUGUUUUCUGCUUAUGCAGGAGUUUUUUAAAGUCUUGCUGUGAUUGAGACU